AUGAAAGUUCUCAAGGUAUGCCAGGCUUCAUUCCUGUCAGAGACUACAGCCUCCCUUUAUCGCUCAAAAAGACACCAUCAAACCAAGCAAAUGGAGAAUUCCUCGAUUCACAACCUGUCUAUUACAAACAAAAAUUUACAAAAUCAAAUAUGGGAUCUCAGAGAAACAGCUGUAGAGCUUGAUGCUGAAAACCAGAAGCUAAUGAAAGAAAACAAAGAGAUAAAAGACCAGAACAGGAGAUUGCAAGCCAGAGCAGACUGCUUUAAGACAUUAGUGGGAGACCUACAAAGAGAAGUGGACAAUGCAAGGGAGAUGGUGGAAGGAAGAGAAGACAAGAUUAAUAAAUUAGAAUUCCAAAACAAAUACUUGGAGAAAAUAAAUGAACAACUUAACAUGGAAAUCAUGGAAAUGGCUUGCCAGAUUUCUGCAUAUCACAAUAUCUGUCAGGAAAAAGACAUAUAUGGGGUGAGAAACAAAAUGUAUGAAAACAAGAAGUAUCUAAAACACCUAAAGACCAAUCUAGAAAGUGAAGAGCAGCUGUAUGAACAAGAAAAGCUCGAAACGUGCCAGUUAAGGGAGACACUGGAAGAGCUUGACAAAAUUGGGGAAUUUCAGAAAAAUGACAUCAUGCAACUGGAAGGGCAGCUGGUAAUGUCAUCCCAGGAAACAGCAUUACUGAGGGUGGAGAAUGAGGACAAGUUUCAGAAUGGUUCAUUAUUGAGGCAGGUUGCUGAAGUCAAGUUUGCGGAGAACUCACUUCACAAACCUAAGAAACACAAUUUCCUCUGUUACAUAUGGAAUCUCUUAAAGCUCUUGCUCAUAUUAGUGGUGUGGUUGGGACUUGCAGCAGCUUUGGUAUUAUUAUACAUCUAUGUUUUCAACAACGAUUUUAUAGCUGACAGCCUUCCACUAUUGAUUAGUGACCAUGACCUUGACAUGCUAAUACAGAUCUUGUCUCCAUAUCUUAUCUGGAAAAAUGAUGGACUGUUGCCAUUUUGA